GUAUCUUGGUAGUCUGUAAACCAUUUUUGUUGCCAAUUCAUCUGCUUAAGGACAGGAAGCGAGGAAAGGAAACAUUAAUUGUUUAGAAAAAAUAAUUAUGACCAAUGACAUCUCGGUAACUGCAUGUAAGUUACCACCUUAUUCAUCGCCAUUGGACAACAUUCACUCUUUAAUCGUUGAUUGGACGACAUCGUUGUAACGUUUCAAGCUUUUUAUUUUAUUGCGGAUGUUUUGGUUCCAAUCGAAAACAUCAGAAACGGGUGUAUUUAGCUAGUUGACUCAAGCCGAGCAGCUAAAUAACCAGGACUAUCAUGAAGAGAGUCACUCUGUUUGUCAACGGAACGUCUUCCAAUGGCAAGGUUGUGGCGCUGUAUGGAUCGCUGACAGACCUGCUGUCCGUCGCUAGCAGUAAACUGGGAAUCCGAGCCUCCAGCGUUUAUAACGGGACAGGCGGUCUUAUAGACGACAUAACGCUUAUAAGGGAUGAUGACGUGCUGUAUGUGUCUGAGGGCGACUCCUUUGAUGAUGCGAGUAAGACAAAGUGUGCAGACCCCCAGGAUGACCCUGGUUGUCCAGACUGGUUCCAAACUCACACUGAUUGGCUGACGCUCAACGUUGGGGGUUACUGCUUCACCACCACACGGAGCACUCUGGUCAGUAAAGAACCAGCGAGCAUGCUGGCCCACAUGUUCCGAAACAAAGAUGUGUGGGGUAAUAAACAGGACUCCCAGGGUGCCUACCUGAUAGACAGAAGUCCAGGCUACUUUGAACCAAUCCUCAACUACCUGAGACACGGACAACUCAUCAUCAAUGACGGCAUCAACCCACUGGGGGUCCUGGAGGAAGCUCGGUUCUUCGGCAUUGAGCAACUGGCUGAGCAACUGGAGAACCUGAUCAAGAGUUCCCAGCCUGCUGAUGACCACUCCCCUCUAACCAGGAAGGAGUUUGUACGUUUCCUGUUGGCCACACCCACCAAGUCAGAGCUGCGUUGUCAGGGUCUGAACUUCAGCGGUGCAGACCUGUCUCGCCUGGACCUGCGCUACAUCAACUUUAAGAUGGCCAACCUGAGAGCUGCCAACCUCACUCACGCCAACCUCAGUGGUGCCAACCUGGAGCGGGCAGACCUGUCCUCAGCCUGCCUUGACGGAGCUAACCUACAGGGUGUUAAGAUGCUGUGUUCUAAUGCGGAGGGUGCAUCUCUGAGAGGCUGUAACUUUGAGGACCCUGCUGGAGUCAAAGCCAACAUGGAGGGUGCCAACCUAAAGGGGGUGGACAUGGAGGGUAGUCAGAUGACGGGUAUCAACCUGCGAGUUGCCACACUGAAGAACGCCAAGCUGAAAAACUGCAACCUGAGAGGAGCUACACUGGCUGGCACAGACCUGGAGGUAAACACACACACACACACACACACAAAACACCUCUCAAACAUAGCUCCCUCCCUCUCUUUCUCCCCCUCUCUCAGAACUGUGACCUGUCUGGAUGUGAUCUACAGGAAGCUAACCUUCGGGGCUCCAACGUGAAGGGAGCCAUCUUUGAAGAGAUGCUGACUCCACUGCACAUGUCUCAGAGUGUGCGAUAACCCCACUGCACAUGUCCCAGCGUGUGCGAUAACCCCACUGCACAUGUCCCAGCGUGUGCGAUAACCCCACUGCACAUGUCCCAGCGUGUGCGAUAACCCCACUGCACAUGUCCCAGCGUGUGCGAUAACCCCACUGCACAUGUCCCAGCGUGUGCGAUAACCCCACUGCACAUGUCCCAGCGUGUGCGAUAACCCCACUGCACAUGUCUCAGCGUGUGCGAUAACCCCACUGCACAUGUCUCAGCGUGUGCGAUAACCCCACUGCACAUGUCCCAGCGUGUGCGAUAACCCCACUGCACAUGUCUCAGCGUGUGCAGUAGGGUUAUCGUACACGUCUCAGAAUGUGCUACUCCUCCACUGAACCCCACACAAACACACUCCUGGUCCUUAAGUCAUUCCUCCCAACCCCCUCUGUAGCUCACCACUGAUUUUCUCUUCUCAGAAGAGACUAGUUGCCCAAUACUAUAUCAACCCUUAGUAGUCACUUAGCUACCUGAGGGCAGUAGUUGUUCCUCUGACAUGAGUGAAUAUGAAACGAGACCCAGGAAUGUUUUAGUUCUGGUACACAUGUUUGUAUAUAUGGCGUAAAAGGUUCUACAUGUUUGUAAAAUAAUAUAUGUAUUUUGAAGGUAGAUACAGCAGAUUCGGGCCAACUUCUGCAACAACAAACAGUGUGAGGUUAAACUUCUUGCUGUUUUGGUCUCGCAGCUAUCACGUUGCAGCAGUGUGAAAUGCACCCAUGCACAUGCGCUUAUCUGCAAUAUCUGAGGUUCAUGGCAAACGUUAUAUGGCUGAGUCUCACUUUAAUGGGUCCAUAUGUACAUUAUCCUACAUGGACCAUCUUCUCCAUGCCAGGGGUUAGAUUUCCAUCACAUGGUGCUACACUUUAUCAUUGUGAAAAUUGUUCUAUUUUUGUAUCACUAUCACUGUAUAAUUACUGUCGUAUGUCUUUUGCAAUAAAGGCUCUAGCCUGUUUUUAGUA